AUGGAUACUGCUCUUAGGAGGAAUGUUGGAGUCAAGUACGAGUGCUUGCUUUUUGAUAUGGAUGAUACUCUCUACCCGUUGAGUUUAGGUCUCAAUUUGUUUUGUCGCAAGAACAUACAAGAGUAUAUGUUAGAACGGUUGCAUAUUGAAGAAAAUGAAGUGCCAAAAAUGUGCUUGGAUUUGUAUAGAGAAUACGGGACAACCAUGGCAGGAUUGAAGGUCCUUGGUUAUGAAUUUGACAAUGACGAGUUUCAUGCUUACGUGCAUGGAAGAUUACCAUAUGAAAAACUGAAGCCUGAUCCAGUACUAAGGAACCUUCUGAUUUCCAUGCCUCAACGUAAAAUAAUAUUCACCAAUGCAGAUCACGCACAUGCUGUUAAAGUUCUCAGCAGAUUGGGUUUGGAAGAUUGUUUUGAGGGGAUCAUAUGCUUUGAAACGCUUAAUCCUCAAAAACAAAUCAACUACAUAGAUUUACCGAAUGAUAAUCAUGUUCUCAAAGAUUUAACACAGAGUGGAUGUUUAAAUUCCCACACACAUAUUCUCUGUAAACCAUCUGUGGAAGCCUUUGAAGCUGCUAUUCGGAUUGCUAAUGUGGAUCCAAAGAAAACAAUUUUCUUUGAUGACAGUGUUAGAAAUGUUGCAAGUGCAAAAGUAGUUGGACUUCAUACUGUUAUAAUGGGUCAUUCAGAUUUGGUGCCUGGUGCUGAUCAUGCGCUGAAUAGCAUUCAUAAUAUCAAAGAAGCACUACCUGAAAUAUGGGAGAUUGAAGAAAGCAAACAACAGCAAAAGAUUGAACCCCCAGCAGUGGAAACCAUGGUCCUAGCUUAA